AUGAAGUUCUCCAUUGUACUGGUUGCCUUGACGGCUGGUGCCUCCAUUGCUCAUCCGGGUAUGAGCAAGGCAAUGGCUGAUAUUCAAGAGAUUCAAUCACGAAAUGGCCGCUCCGGACCCUCGACCGAGAUCAUCGGUGACCUGGUGGGCCUUGAUGACAGGCGGCUGACUGCCACCGGCCGAGAUAUCAAGAACAUCCUAAGCGGCCGCGGUAACCCCCAAAAUACCGUGGCUAGCUACUGGCUGGGUGCCCCUCGUCUUGGGGGUCUCUUCUGCCGCAUGGACCAGUGUUGUGUGUGGAAACACAUUGCCAACGAGAUGCGCGGCAUGAUGAUCGGAGAUGCAAGUCGGUGCAACAAUCUUGCACGUGCCUCCAUCCGUCUUGGCUUCCACGACGCCGCCACCUGGUCCAAGGACACCGGAGGCACCGGUGCCGACGGGUCGAUCGUCCUGACGGCCGAAUGUGCCCGCGUUCCCGAAAAUAACGGCCUUGCUGAGGUUUGCGCUCAAAUGAAGACGUGGCACGACAAGUACAAGGGCUACGGCGUCUCCAUGGCCGACCUCAUCCAGUUCGCCGCCAACGUAGCCACCGUGUCGUGCCCGCUCGGUCCGCGUAUCAAGACUUAUAUCGGCCGUAAAGACAACGCCGUUGAACCCCCACGCAACCUCCUUCCCAGCCCUUUCCACAGCGCAGACCGCCUGCUCCAGCUCUUCGCGGACAAGACCUUUACAGCGGAUGGCCUGAUUGCCCUCAUGGGCGCCCACUCCACGAGCCAGCAGCGAUUCGUCAACCGUACCCGCCCCGGUGAUCCCCAGGACUCUACGCCUGGCGUGUGGGAUGUCAAGUACUACGGCGAGACUAUUGAUGCCAACGCACCCCAGCGUGUUUUCAAGUUUCAAAGCGACGUCAACCUCGCCAACGACGCACGCACACGCGCUGCCUGGGAGUCGUUCAUCCCCGAGUCAUCCCAGGGCGCCUGGAACCAUGCUUACGCUGCCGAGUAUGUCCGCAUGUCGCUCCUCGGCGUGUACAACAUCAACAGUCUCACCGAUUGCACCAAGGCGCUGCCUCCGUUCCAGCGCAGCUACAGCUCGUCAGACGAGUCUGUCAUCGACCGCUUCAUGCACGGACUGAUUGGGAGCGUGCAAAAAGUCAAGGACCUUCUGCUGAAAGGAGACAAGGUUCCCAGUAAUAUCUAG